GCUAAUUUUGUAUAAAUUUAUUUCAUUUUGUUUAUAACACUCGAAACGAUCACAUCGUUGUAAAUUAAAUAUUAAUAUAUCUAAAAGUUUUAUAUUAUAAUUAUUAAUAUAAUUAACUUAAAAAUGGAAGAAAUGUGUCCAAUGGAUGAAGAGAAGAAUGAAUCAAUUGCUAAGAUGUUGUCUUUAAGACCAGAUUAUAAAUUAGAGCAAAUUGAAGGCCAAAGACUAUACCGACUAAAGGACUUGACGUCAUUACCGGAACCAGAAAGAGGUUCGGAAUUAUUUAUCGGAAAUCUUCCGCGAAAUGCUUAUGAAGAUGAAUUGGUUCCAACAUUCGACAAAUUUGGGACAAUUUACUGUAUGAGACUAAUGAUGGACUACAGCGGAACCACUCGUGGAUUUGCUUUUGUUAAAUACACGAACUCUAAAAUAGCGAAAUCAGUGGCCAAACAAUUGGACAACGGAUAUCUGUUAAGACCAAAUCAUUUGAUUGCUGUUACGCUGUCGUGGGAUAAAACACGACUUUUUAUCGGCGGUAUCCCGAAAAAUAAGAAGCAAAAGGAUGUUCUUAAAGAAAUGAGACGAAUCACCGAUAAUGUCAAAGAUGUGAUCCUAUAUAUGUCCAGUUAUAGUGAUCGAAAUCGUGGCUUUUGUUUUGUUGAAUACGAGACCCAUUACGACGCGGCAAUGGCUAGACGUCGUUUGGGUUCAGGCUUUCGACUAUGGAAUCGAUGGGAUGUUCGCGUCGAUUGGGCUGAUCCUGAACCACAAGUCGACGAGGAAAUUAUGAAUGAAGUGAAAAUACUUCACGUGAGAAAUGUUAAUCAAAACAUUUCAGAAAACGAUUUGAAAAACAUCUUCACUUUCGAUGGUCUUCAUGUGGAAAGAGUUAAGAAAAUAAGGGACUUUGCGUUCAUUCACUACGAAACCAGAGCUGAGACCGAGGCUGCGCUUAAGAUUUUAAAUGAAACAACUUUCUUGGAAGAGACCAAUUCAAAUCUGAAAACAAUUCAAGUGAAUUUGGCCCGACCUAUACAUACAAGAGGUUCAUCCAGAAGAAGAACCACUUCGAGUAUUUCCGACCACUCCAGUGAAGACUAUAUGAAAAUGCCUGUUAUAUCGGGACAAAGUCGUCUGGAAGAGCAGUUAAAGUAUUACCAACAAUAUUGUACUCAAUACGGUUCAGCUCCGAUGCAAACGAUUAGCCCUUAUAAGUAUGACAACGAUAAUAUCAAAUAUAAAAAUGAUUUAAAUAAUAAUUUAUGUCUCUUUUGGAUGCCUUUUGUCUGGUUUAACAAUAAUCCAAACAAAUCUAUCGCUAAUAAUGCAUAUAAUAAUUGCAUGUAA